AUGGAUGCUCACCGGGCCCUGCUCUCGGCAGUCUUUCUCAUCAGUUUCCUGUGGGAUUUACCCGGUUUCCAGCAGGCUUCUAUCUCAUCCUCCACUUCCACCUCGUCCUCUUCGUCUUCAUCUUCCUCUUCGUCGGCUGAGCUGGGCUCAGCCAAGGGCAUGAGGAGCCGCAAGGAAGGGAAGAUGUCCCGGGCGCCGCGAGAGAGCGCCGCGGGCCAGGGGCGCCAGGAACCGCAGCCCGAACAGUCGGGUCCCCGGCGGCGGCAGCAGCCCCAGACUCAUGAACAGACGAUCAGAAGUCCUCGGGUGGUGCCCCACGAGUACAUGCUGUCCAUUUACAGGACCUAUUCCAUCGCAGAAAAACUGGGGAUCAAUGCCAGCUUCUUCCAAUCUUCCAAGGCUGCCAAUACUAUCACUAGUUUUGUAGAUAGGGGACGAGACGAUCUCUCGCACACUCCUCUCAGGAGACAGAAGUAUUUGUUUGAUGUGUCGACGCUCUCAGACAAAGAAGAGCUGGUGGGCGCGGAGCUGCGGCUGUUUCGCCAGGCGCCCCCGACUUCCCUGGGGCCCCCGGGCGGCCCGCUCCACGUGCAGCUAUUCUCCUGCCUGUCCCCCCGUAUGCUGGACGCUCGGACCCUGGACCCGCAGGGGGCGCCCCAAGCUGGCUGGGAGGUGUUCGACGUGUGGCAGGUUCUGCGCCGCCACCAGCCGUGGAAGCAGCUCUGCCUGGAGCUGCGGGUCGCCUGGGGGGAGCCCGGCGGGGAGACCCCACCUUCGUCUCCACCGCCACCCGCCGAACCGCCCCUAGACCUGCGGAGUCUGGGCUUUGGCCGGAGGGUGCGGCCGCCGCAGGAGCAGGCCCUGCUGGUGGUGUUCACCAAAUCCAAGCGCAAGAACCUGUUCGCCGAGAUGCGCGAGCAGCUGGGAGCCGCCACGGUCACGGCCACGGCCGCGGCGGGGGGCGAGGGCGCGUGGCUGCCUCCAUCGCUGCCACCCCAGCCGCUGCUGCCUCCCGACAACGCCCAAGACUCAGAUUGGGGGCUGGCUUCGCAGGGCCGCCGCCGGCGACGCACCGCCUUCGCCAGCCGCCACGGCAAGCGGCACGGGAAGAAGUCCCGGCUCCGUUGCAGUAAGAAGCCCCUGCACGUGAACUUCAAGGAACUGGGCUGGGAUGACUGGAUUAUCGCGCCCCUGGAGUACGAGGCAUACCACUGCGAGGGGGUCUGUGACUUUCCCCUCCGCUCCCACCUGGAGCCCACCAACCACGCCAUCAUCCAGACCCUCAUGAACUCCAUGGAUCCCGGCUCCACCCCACCCAGCUGCUGUGUGCCCACCAAAUUGACUCCCAUUAGUAUUCUCUACAUCGACGCAGGCAACAACGUGGUCUAUAAGCAGUAUGAGGACAUGGUGGUCGAGUCCUGCGGCUGUAGGUAG